UGUGUGUGUGUGUGUGUGUGUCUCGAUCUGUGUGUUUUUAUCACUUACACAUAUUCCUCAUUCGUUGAAACAUGAGUUAUACAGAAUGGUUUUUCACUAUGUUGUUUAUCUUCCGUCUUCUUCCCACUUGCUUUUCUCUAGACGCCAUUACUCCAAACCAACCCAUAAGCGACGAUGGUGUCGCUCUUCUCUCGAGCCAGAAAAAAUUUGCUCUAGGGUUUUUCAGCCCAGGAAAUUCUAGGAAGCGUUACAUUGGAGUUUGGUACAACAACAUACCAAAUCGAACAGUCGUGUGGGUUGCAAACAGAGACAAUCCUGUCAACGAUAUCAACGGCCUCCUAGCAAUCCAUGAAAAUGGAGGCCUUAGAAUCUACGGACAGGACCGAACUCUCCCUUUGUGGUCCGCUAACGUUACUCUCUCUUCGUUAAACACCUCCAUGGCCAAGCUUUUGGAUACAGGAAAUCUUGUUUUGCAGCUUUUGCUAGAGAAUGGGAGCCAAAGGGUUCUGUGGCAAAGCUUUGAUCAUCUCUCGCAUACAUUACUUCCAUCUAUGAAACUUGGGGUGGACCGGCGGUCAGGGUUUAACUGGUCCCUAACAUCUUGGAAGUCUCAAGAUGACCCUGGAACCGGGAACUGUACAUAUGGGAUUAAUCCUAGUGGUUUCCCGCAGUUAACUUUGUACAAGGGUACGACUCUCGUGAAUCGGUAUGGAAUCGGAUCUUGGCGUGUCCAGUAUAACAAAGUGACAACUUAUGUGAACAAUCAAGAUGAGGUAACAGUUACGGUUGUUCAAACCGAGUUAAUUACUAGGACGGUGCUGGAUGAUUCGGGAAUACUUCUCCGGAGCACAUGGAAUGAGCGAGCAUAUGAAUGGACUACAUUUCAGUCUGUUCCAGAUGAGCCCUGUGAUGAGUAUGGAACAUGUGGUCCGAAUGGCAACUGCAACCCGUACAGCAACUGACUGGAACAAGACAAUUUGUCAUCAGGUGGGUGUGUGAAGAAAAAUGGAACAUCAAUGUGUCGAAAAGGAGAAGGGUUUGUAAAGUUGGAAAUGAUCAAAUUGCCAGAGUCGUCUAGGGCACAGGUAAAUUUGAAUGUGACCUUGAAAGAAUGUGAGCAUGAGUGUUUGAGAAAUUGCUCAUGCACGGCAUACUGCAACGUCGUCGAUGGGGAAACGAGUAGAUGCGUGACAUGGUAUGGGGACUUAAUGGACGCAAAGAUGCUUCCGGCUAAUGCUCGAGAUUUAUAUGUACGAGUUGAUGCUACUGUCUUGGCUCAAUAUGCAAAGAAGUCGAGGGAUUCACUUAGCAAGAAGGGAAAACUGGUAAUGUCAUCACUAGUACCUGUUCUAGCAUUAUUUCUACUGCUUUCACUAGUCUGUUGGUUGGUAAGGAGGAACAGAAAAGGUAAGCAAAGUGAAAGUAAAUAUUUAUGGUCAACGUCAUACUUCGGUGAAUCCAACAUUAGAGAUGUCGAUCAAAGUAGAGGAAACUCAGAUUUACCAUUCUUUGAUCUAACAACCAUAGCAGCAGCCACAAACAAUUUCUCUGAUGAGAACAAGCUUGGGACAGGCGGCUUUGGCUCGGUCUAUAAGGGUGUGCUUUCAAAUGGAAAUGAAAUAGCAGUGAAAAGACUUUCAAAAAAUUCGGGCCAAGGAACUGAAGAGUUUAAGAAUGAAAUCGUGCUGAUUGCAAAACUCCAACACAGGAACCUUGUCAGGAUUUUAGGUUGUUGUGUUGAAGAAGAAGAGAAGAUGAUAAUCUACGAAUACUUGCCAAACAAAAGUUUGGACUUUUUCAUUUUUAAUGAAUCCAAUCGAACACAUUUAGAUUGGAGGAGACGCUUUGAGAUCAUUUGUGGAAUUUCUAGAGGGAUAUUAUAUCUUCAUCAAGAUUCAAGAUUAAGAAUCAUACACAGAGAUCUAAAAGCGAGUAAUGUUCUAUUAGAUGGUUCUAUGAAUCCCAAAAUUGCAGAUUUUGGUCUGGCUAGAAUAUUUGAGGGGGAUCAAAGUGAAGCAAAUACAAAUCGCGUGGUUGGAACAUAUGGUUAUAUGUCACCAGAAUAUGCAAUGCGAGGACUCUUCUCAGUAAAGUCAGAUGUAUAUAGCUUUGGGGUAAUAGUAUUAGAAAUCAUUACUGGUCAAAAGAAUACUAGUCACCAUCCCAGCUCAAGUUUGGUUGAACAUGUCUGGAACUCAUGGAGAGAAGGUACUGCCUUAGAACUCGUUGAUUCAUCUCUCAGCGGAUCAUGCCCUGUCGAUGAAGUUCUAAGAUGCAUCCAGAUCGCCUUCUUGUGUUUACAAGAGCACGCCACUGACCGGCCAAAUAUGUCAGAAGUUCUUGUCAUGCUGGGUAAUGAUGCAGCUCUUCCUGGACCAAUGCGACCUGCAUUUUUAAUGGAGAAAAGUAAUAACAGUGAAGACUCGUCAAACCGUGAAAGAACUUAUUCUGUAUAUGAAGUGACACACACUACACUAGAAGCUCGCUAAUUAAGGGCUUAUAAUCUUAGGUUAUGCAUGUCAAACCAUACAUGUAAGAUGCCUACAGCAGCCUUCUGGGUUCUGACUUUGUGGCAACUCUUAUAGACCACCUUGGUUUAAUCUGCUAUUUAAGUUUUACAAAUCCUU